CAGCUGUGGCUGACAAUGAUCUGAACCAUGCUGUACAUCUUGCUUCUGUACUUUAUUGUCCAAGGAGCAGGUGGAGCAGUGGCGGACAAGAACGAACAUGAAAAAACAUCCCCUGACAACGUGGAACAAGGUACAUCAUCAUGGGAAUGUGUUGCCCUAGAUGGGCAGCGUGUGCCACAUGGGGAGACAUUUGUUCCUGGUCCUGAUUAUUGUACGGUCUGCAAAUGUGAAGAAGGGAAACCUCGGUUGUGUCAGGCUGUCCUUUGCCAGCCUCCACAGGACUGUAAAUCAUUUCGUGUUGGUAAGUCAUGCUGUGAUUUUAUCUGCUUGGAUGACAUGCUGCCAAAGUUACCUGGUGAUGGCAAUGGACCAAAUGCAACAACUGACCUUGGUCUCCGCAUGGUAGCUUCAGCUGUAACAGCUAUAUUGUCUCUUGCUUUACUUCUGUUUCUCAUUCAUCGACUUCGACAACGUAGAUUGAGAGCUCAGCAGCAGUAUUAUGAGGAUCCAGAUUCUCCUGUAGGACCAAAUGUUGACUCUUGCCACAGUAAUGCUUGUUGCCAUAAUGCUGCCUAUUGUAAUGGAAAUGACCAUGUUGAUUUUUUCUUGGAUGGUCAUACUCCACCAUACUCCCUAUGGAAACCACCAUCAUUUUACUUCUCAUAUGAGGAUGCGCCUCCACCCUAUAGUGAGGUAGUUGGAAGUUCCUAUAGGUUGUCAGAAUCUGGAGCACUCCCGGCUCUUGGUCCUUUAAUGGUUCAGCUGGGGCCAUCACCAGGUGAAUCUUCUGAUGGUCAAGUUAUAGUAGGAGCCACUGGUAGUACUUUUCGUAGAACCCACUCUCCUUCCAGAACACCUCUAAACAGAAAUGUUGUUGCAAUCCGGUCAGAUGAAGUCUAUGAGGAUGUUAACGCAACACCAAGUGAACUUCCACCUCCUUAUUGCCCUACACCCCAACCCUUAAAUGAUUUGAAUCGGGGCACUGAUGCCAGACCAGUUGGUGACCAGGCAGCUAGUUGCAGUGAAAGGGGAUGUGAAGGUGAACGUGAAGGAAGUAUUGAAUGUAGCUGUAGUGCAGAUGAUGCCUGUUGUAGUUUGUGCUCUCAUUCUGAUUCAGCUGUGGCUGGUAAUAGCAGUGCACCACAACAAGAACAAGAAGUCAAUCCAUCUCCAGUCAGGCUACGCACACGUGAAGCUUCACGUACACCAUCUCAGAGAGUUAGCAAAAGAACUUCUACUUUGGAAGAGUUUCAGCUGCGUUUAAGCAUGGACAUAUCGGACUCUUCUACAUCAUCUGAAGGCCCAACACGGACAUUUUCUUCUUCGUCUGAUGAUUCCACAUCCAUGGAUACAACCUCUGAAAUGCGGUGAAAAGGAAACAUAGUUAAUGCAAAAUAGGCAAUUUCUUUUUGUUUUGAUACUUGUGAACCAAAGUAUAAAUACUUUUUGACUUUUUAAAGCCAAGUGUAAAUGUAUUAUAUUUGUGUAGCUAUUUGGAAUACCAUAUACGUAUUUUUAAUACUUUGAAUUGCAGAAUUGUUUCAUGGCAAUAAGAUAUUUGAUAAAAGGGGUAAUUUUUUUAAGGUAAUAUAACUAAAUUCUGUAUUUUGUAAGGGCUGGUGACAGUUCCAGUUUUUCAUAUGAAAUACUUAGACGAGUGAUCAUUGUAAUCUCUUAAAAGGGAUUAGUAUUGAUGCUAAAAAACUAAGAUUUGAAGGAGAAGGAUCUAGGUAAUUGAUGCUACAGGGCAGCUACUAAAAACCAUAGUUCAUGUUUGAAAUCCUUAAGGAUCACUUCAUUGCAUAUUUUUUAUGGAAAGGAAUUCAUGACAGCUAAAACUUAUACUACUCAGUUUAGCAUUAGACUUACACAAAAUCAAAGAUUCCUUUUUACUAGUAUCACAAUUGAUGUGUAAUCAGCAAUUAUGUACUCAUGGUUUUGAAUUGGAAUUUCAGGUGUAAUGAGACUUGCAACAUUGGUUUUAUCACAAAUAUGAUAAGAAUUUGACCGAGGCUUCUUGAUCAGUUUUUGUUUUGUUAUGUAUGUGCAGUUUUUCAUUAGAUGGAGAAUAGUAUCAGUAACUGUAUGAUAUACUGCAAAAGUUAAUAGAAAUUUAAGGCUUUCUGUGCUUAUGUGAAAUUUAUAGUACAUAUUACACUGUAAAGAAUUUGACUCUGGAACCAGGUUUCAGUGAAUAUUAGUUAUGCAGAAUACAUUAUUAUAGAGGCAAGCAUUGCCAGUGGUGGAUUUAGUGGGGGUGCCGAGCAGGCCAUGGUCUAGGGCCCCGUGGCUGUAAGGGCCCCACACCUCGGCAAAUAAGAAUUAAUAGAUAAUUAAAAAUAUAUGAAGAUUAAAUAAUAAUAAUAGUAUAGUAAUAAUGAUAAUAAUAAUCUAAAGGUGUUCAGUGAGACAGUAAAUCCCCGAAACCUAACACCUCACCAGCCCAUAAAUAAGAGGGCCUCUUAAGGUCACCACCCAAGGGUUCCGCACACCCUAAAUCCACCCCUGAGCAUUACUGUUAGGCAUGUUCACUAUGCUUAUUUUUAAUUAUGACUGCUGUUAAGGUUUCAGAUCUCUGUUGGUAUAAGGUUGCAAUAUUUUUGGAGCAAAGUUGCAGAAGCAUAGGUGAUUACAGUAUUUUUAUUCUUUGAUGAGUUUUUUAUAUUACUGUACUCAAAGAUACCUCAUUAGAGCAACAGUUUUCAAGAAUCUCGCUCUGACUUAUUAUUAAGACUGGGAAGGAUAGUUCCCUAAAAGAACUUGGUAGAACUCUAACCACCAAAAUAGAAAGGAAAAAUUGGUGCUAUGUGUGAAUCAGUCUUCACUUUUUGUCAUAUUUGUUAGUGUUGUUGUUUUCAUGUUCAGUGACAUUUCAUUUUUGCCUUUCACACUUUUCCCUUUCUAAAUUUUUAUUCAGGUUUCAUUUAGCCGAUCAUGAGCUCUUAAUAGAUGUAAGACAAAGAUGCAGAUUGGGAAAUCUAUUCUACCUCAUUUAAAAAAAAAACUCAUAUAGAGAUGAUUUCGCAAUUUUACUUUUAGGAUUGUUAUGAAUUUGAUUCCUUUAAGCACCAAAGAAAUACCCAUGUAUCAUUAGGAAAUUAGGAGAAUUUACUGUUUAAGGAACAUGAAUCGUGCUCUAUCUUUUUGAAACAGAAGUCCUCGUGACUAUAGAGAUUAGGCACAUAUCAUAAAAGUAAUAGUAAGAAGCACCUCUGAGAAAAGAGCUAUGCUGAUGUUCCUGUUGUAUGCAAUACCCAAGAUGUAAAAAAUGUAAAUGUUAAAUCUCAGUUAUCAUUAACAAUGAUCUAAGUGUAUUGGCUUAAAUUGUAACCUUUAUUUCUAAUAUACCAUGUGGGUAGAAUGCAGACUGAGUAGGCGACUAAAGAACAUCACUGCAGAUUAAACUACUAAUGCUUUUUUGUGACAUGAAAAUCACUAUAUAGUUAUUCUUGUGUCUUUUCGAGCUUAGCUUUCAUGCACUGUAUCUUUGUCUUGCUCUAUUAUAGUUUUUAAUAGCUUCAAGUUUUGUCAUAUAUUUGGUUCCUUGUGGAGGUUAUGUGUAUGUAUCAAGACAUAUUGGAAGGUAUACUUACCAUAUUCUCUCAUGAGAAGUUUGCAAGUACAGCAAUAGUUUACUGAUAAACUGGAAAUGAAUGUAGAAUUAACCUGUGCAUCCUAAAGUUUUUAACUGGCAGUGAAUGAUACAUUAGAAGUAAUAUUUGGAAUACAAGCAUCAAAAUAUAGUAUAUAUAUUGUAAGCAUCGUCACUGACAUAGAUACAUUUGUAGGUAAUUAUUGCAGUCUUCAUAUAUUUAUGUAGCUUGAACAAUGAAGCAGAGGAUUGAUAUUGCUAGGAAGUAUACACUGGCUGCUUUUUCCCCUAAACAUUGGAAUUUUUGUUAUCAGUUUUAUCAAUGUAAGACAGGCAGUCUCAAAGUUUUGACAGGGAUCUGUUCCUUUGGCUUGUUGUCGGAUGAAAUCCGGCGUGUUGGAAUAAGUAAAUGGCGGCAUAACAUUGGGCUUUGGGUUUUUUGUCAGAACGGCAGUAAUGUUAAGUUGGCAUAACGUCAGGUUUUCAGUUUUAUGUCGGAACUGCAGCAACAUCUGGUUUUUGGUGUUAUGCUGGAAACAGAUUUUUUAUGACUGCAUAUUUUUGAAUAGUGUUGUAAGAUUGGAACAGCGUAGGUUGAGAAUAUCAUAAACCCUGGACUAGCUGUGUAACUUUUUCUUUUGCUUACAAUUUCCUACUCUGUUUGGCUAAUGCAUCAGUUGAGAUUUGAGUAAAAAGCCAAAUAUAUUUUGUAUAUUAGUAGUUCUGCUCAUACUAUUCUGUUUAAUGCAAUCUCAAUUUCUAUUACCGUAUGUUUAUGCAAAUGUAUCACCUUAUUAAGAUGGUUCCCAAUGUAUCACCUUAUUAAGAUGGUUCCCAAAAAAUCAGAUUAUUUAUAAUGCUUUUAGCAUGAGAAUUUCAAAUGGGCAAUUAGUGAAGGGAUGAAAUUACAGUAAUUAUAAGCAAAGCUACACUCAUGCACUUGACUUGUUUUUCAAUAUCUACAUUAAGCUGUUGGAGAGAGAAAAAUAUGAUGAAAAACAACUAGUUUACAAUGUUAGUUUGGAGCCUCUUAGGUGGUGUCUUGAAACCACUGUUCUGAAGAAAUUUCAGAAAUUGUGUAGAUAAAAAUAUAGUGAGGAUGUAGAUUUUCAUGUGAGAUUUCAUAACCAUUUCUGUUGAAAAUGUUAUUGUAGCACUUCAGAGACAUUGCUUUGGGAACUAAUUUUAGCUGAUUACUAUCCCAUCAUUCCUUUUAGUAAAAUAGUAUACACCACUAGUUACAGUAUAUGCUUGACACCAGUGCUGUAGUCAAAUCAAGUGUAGAAAGCUAGUAAGUACCUCACUUCUUUCUCUUCAUCUACACUUCAUUUUAGCUGCUCCAGUACACAGUUGUAGUCAGUAAGUGCUCUAAAGAGCACUGUGUUUAGAGCACUGUGGUGGGGCAGAUAGGGAAUUCCUGCAUUCCCAGACACUGAUGCGAUAGAAAUGUAUGCUUAGCUGUGGAGUCUAUUCAAGUGAAAGUUUCUCAAGUAUAGUCAUGAGUUUUAAACUGAAAAUGAAAAAACAUGUGACCAGAUAUUCUCAUUGGAAACUAUUUUUUUAAUUGAAACAAAAUAUGAAUUGUGCUGCCAAACCUCAGUUUCCAUGACAUAGGGUGGCACAGGGGAUUAAGUCAACUUACAUAGUAAUGACUCAAUUUAAACUACCCAUCUACUUAAAGAACAAUUCCACUCAAGCUGCUCUUGUGAUAAAGACAGUAUGGAAAGCCAAAGCAGAAAAAGUUUCCCCACUACCAACAAGCUCCACUCUCAGCCCAAGGAAAUAGUUUAAAAGUUUUAAAAUAUUUCAUUUUAAAAAGGCAACAUGAACUCCUGUUACUGAUGUUGCUGAGCCAAUGCUUGCACAGUUGGAUCAACAAGAGUUCAGAAAUAAUAUUCAUGAAUUUGCAAAUGUGAAAAAGAAGAAUUUGGAAAAAGCAAUCCUUGUUAAUAAUAAAUAAAUGCAAAGGGGAAGUAGAUUCUAAAACUGCUCAAAGAAUAUUCCUAAACACAGACCCACUUAAACUGUGUUUUUGUGUGUGUUAUGCAUUCAAACAAUUAUGGUUAUUCCAAAAAUUAUCAUUUGUGUGUUAUGCAUUCAAACAAUUAUGGUCAUUCCCAAAAUUAUCAUAAAUAACAUUUUUUAAGAAAAAGGAAACUAAAUGGCUUAAACAUGGGAUUAAUGUCAAGGGAAAGAUUUAAAUGGCUAAACAGGUCUACUUGCACUGCUUUUUCUUCCUGGCUACACCCUAACAAUCCUGGUGUUUGAUGGACUAUCGAUAUCAACUGUUGCUUUAGUAAUUACAUGCAAAUUACUCAUAUUGGCACUGCUUUGUGUAGUAGAUGCUUGAGGUAAUUAUCUUUUGAAAGAUAAACGGCAUUUCAGUAGAGGAGCAGCUUUUAGAAAUCAUACUUUAUAUAGUACAAUAAUAGAGUUUUUCUUUUUAAUUUUUAACCUUCAUCACAAUGGAACUAUGCAAUGAAGUUUGCAACAUAGAAAAUAAUCUCAUAUGGGGAUAGAAGUAGGGUGUGAAUGCUGGCUAGAACUGCUUAUGGUAAAAAAAAGAAAAGUGUGCAGUGUUGGUUUUAAAUUUACAGUAUUAGUUUUUAAGAUGUAGUUCAUAUCCAAGUAUGUCCAUCAUAGCUUCUAUUGCUUAAGAGCACAGUACCAGGAUAGGUAAAAAUGUUAUUUGGUAAUCGAGAAUCCCAUAAAUUUGACUACGUACAGUAUUUAUUUACUAAUUGGUUUAAGUGUGUAAAUACUAAAAAUUUAACUAUCCUGUUUGCAAGCACAACAUUGUUGUACAUUAAUUUUGUUUUUUAACAUGAAAUCUUUCACAAUGAACAGUAUAGUGUCUAAAUUUCAGUCAUCAGAUUGUAAGCUGUAGCAAUAGAAAAUUCAGCAAUUUUUACUGUUAAGGUCUUCCAUUAGAUGUGAAAUUUCAGUUUCUGUCAGUUACAUUGAUAAAGUACUCCCUCACACACAGACCACCAGAUUCUUUUUUCGUUUCUGGUAGAAAGAAAUGUGGGGAAUUUUUACUUUACAAUUCAGUUUAUUACACUGAGAUCACUUUGUUGACACGGAUGAACUUUUUUUAGAGAGGAUUUAUAUAUGGAAAAUUGAGUUAUACAAAAUGAGGUUGCACAAAUGGUGAUAUUGAUGUUCAUAAGGUACUUUUACUUCUUUUGGUGUACAGUCAACCCUCAUGAUUUGCAGAUUUCUUUAUGGACCGUAUGUACCCAUUAUUCGCAGAAAAUUUGCCUAUUUGUGUUAUUUGUCACUGUGAAAUAUUCACAAAUUGCCGUAUGGUAUUUUCUUAUAAUUUUCGUGACUAAAAGCACUUUUUCUGAUAAAACAAUUAAAAUACUCAGGUAUACAUAAGCAUUUUUUUUAAAUUUAACUAUCAAAAUAGGCAGUUCUAAGCAUUUUUAGGGGAGUUUUAAGUAUUUGAGGAUUUUAGCUAUUUGUGGGGGGUGUGGUACCCAUCCCCCACAAAGAACGGGGUCUACUAUUUAGGUAGUGUAUACAUUAAUUAUAACGAUGAUGUCAGGCAGGUUAUGCAGCUAAAUUGUGUGUUUAAGUUCUGGGUAUUUCCUAAGGGAAUAAUUUUUCUAUACUUUUCACUUAAGUUUGAUGUUAUUAAAUGGAAAUCUCUUUGGUUCAGUUAUUACUUAGCUAUUUUGUUUACAAUAUGAUUGUUUACAUUACUUUUUAUAAUCAUGGUAAACUUUUGGCCUAGUAAUUAUUGUUUUUCAUGUGAAAUACAUAUGUAUUAUAUCCUAGAGCAACGAAGGCAUUGAAAAGUGUGAACACAUAGAGAGAAAGUGUGUAUGAUUGCGCUUUCAAGCAGUUUUGGCAGACCUUUUGCUCAGCUUUGUAAAGAUUUUUACUUAAUACUGUAUUCUUAGUUCUUUGUCUCUGAAAGAAGUAUUUCUAUAAUUGUUUCAUUUCACUCUUGAUCUUUUCAUUAGGAUCAUAUUGUCUUGGCUAGAAUGAGGCAGCUGAAAAUUUAACCUUGAAGAAGGGUAUUUACUGGCAGUUAAUUAAGGAAAUUUGUAAAUAUUUUGACCAGAUGGGGAGUUUAAAAUCCAAAUAAGUCACUAAUGGUGAAGAGGGCAAGUCGUUACCAACAUUUUACAUACUAUAAAGGUAUCAGAAACCAGCAGUCUUGUGACUGGUAAAAUCUGUAAAUGAAAAAGUGGUUUUACACCAUAAUAGACGACUGACUGUAUUAGGGAUGCUUAAAAUUGCUGUUUAUACAGUAAUGUAAAUAUCUUGCCAAACAUUAAAUUGUACAAAGAUUAUAAAGAAUAAUUGCUUCAAGAAAUGUAAACUAAAAAGUAAUAAGAGGAAAUCAAGUACAAUUGUGCAUGCACAACACUUGUUCUGUUUGAGAGUAUUGCAACUUAUGGCAAAAUAUCCAUAUAAAUGUAAAUUCAGUUCAAGACAAUAUCCAAAUGAUUAUAGAAAUGUAAAACUGGACAAUGAAAAACUAAUGGAUACCUGAACUCACAGCUUAAUGUCUUUAGAAAUAUCAAACAAACAAACAAACACACCAGCUUCAGAGAUAAACCAAUAAACAUCAUCUGCAAUGGGAAAACUAAGUUCAAGGCCAAAUAUUUACUGCCUCAAUCAUUUAUAAAUUUGUACUGGUCCUAGGUUAACCCCAUGACUUAAUUUACAAUGAAAUUUAUUUAGCUCAGAAGGUAUAGAAAGUUUUCAUGGAUUUAUAAUAUUGAGUGACAUUAAAAGGGAGUGAGUGAGGUGACUACACUCAAGCUAGAGUGUCAGAUAACUUUGUUUAAUUUCCAAGAACAAUGGUGUGUGCUUUUUGCAGAAUAUCUCCAUAUCUUGAAAGUUAACCUGAUAGCAUAUGAACUCUUUAUUUUCCAGCCAUGAACUUACCAUUAAGGAAAACAUACAAUGAAGUAUGGGCAUACUUUUAAACUUUCAGUGCAGUCUCCUUACCAUGUAUAUAUGUAGUACAGUACAUUUGGUUAAUUUGAAAUAUAACUGUUUUAUUACUUGCCCAUUAUUGGAAAUUUCGCCUAGUGAGAUUUGUAAAAUGUAACGAGUGCACAUUUCCAAGGUUUUUAAGUAAAUUUGAGAUAAUGGUAAGGAGAUUCUAACAGCUAAUUUAGUAAUAAACUCCCACUUCUAGUAUUGAGGGAUAGUUGCCACCAUUUGUCAGAUCUUUUAUAUUCAAUAAUAAAUUAUAAUUACUGAGUGACUGAUUGUAUUUUGAGGCUUAAUAGAGUUUGCUCACUAGGCAACAUUUGUUAGCUUGGUUAUGUUUUAUAGUCUUUUAGCACUAUCAAGUCAUCUGCAGAAAAUGAUGUAUGCACUUAAUUCAUUGCGAGCCAUUUUGUUUAGGGCACUGAGUAUAUCAUUCCCUUGGCAACACUACCAAAGAUUAAGCAUUUAUUUCUUUUGACUCAAGAACUUUGACCACUAGUGGUGACAUUAAAACAUGGCCACACUUGCACUGUUAUAUUUUGUAUAUAGUACAUUAUACACAAGUUAGAAAUAUGUACAAGUGAUAAAAGUUGUUAAAACAAAGUACUGCAUGAUGUAGUAAAUAUAGUUUUAUUUCUUGUAUGAUGGAUGAUUAUAUUUUAUUUAUUACUGCUUACUGUAAGUAUAGAGUUACUUAUUGUUGCUGAUACUGUACUUCUUGCUGUAAUGUCGUGUAAUAAAGUAUAGUUUUUAUCAUGAGUUAGGCAUUUUACCCUUUGUUGGUCACAAAAUUUUGUUUUCCUGUCACAAAUAUGUAUUUUCUUAGCAUUCUCUUGUCAAUGUCACAAAAUGCUGGAUAGUCCUAAAUUGGGAGCCGUGUAACUAGCUUUUAUUGGGACCAUUCAACUUUAUCUCGUGUAUAGAGAGUUAUUGUAUAGAUAAGCCUUGAUUAACAGACGUGUUGAGAAGGAUUAUAGCAUUAAUUGCAAAUUUUCAGCAGAAUAUACCUUUAGUUAUAAAAAGAAAAAUGAUUUAAAUUUUGUAUUGUAACUUCAAUGCAUGACUGCAUAAUCAAGGGUUUCCUGUCUUGAGUAUUCAGUCUAGUGUACUGAACAUUAUUUGUCUUGGCUUUUAUGAUGUUAUUGCAUACUAUAAUGUAAUAUUUUUUAAGCCUAAUCUUAUUUUUUUUAGAUGGAGUAAAAAACUGAUGUAUGAAAUGGAAAAAAAACCUGAGGGGUAUAUGUAUCUAUUUAUAUGUUGAGAUUUGAGUUUGCUUAUGUUAAGUACAAUAUCAAGCAAUAUAUAAAAUAAAAUUUGUCCGAGU